AUGACGAAAGCUGAUGUCAAGGAUGCAUUAUCAAAGCCUUCUGCUAUCCCUCCUGCGAGGUUCGCAGAGCUUAAGGAAUAUGUUGUCGAGCAGUGGCCAGCAGCACUCGGAAUGAUCAAGGAAACCCGUCAGGCGACUAAUAAAUUUCACCACGAUCCUGAGGCGCAGAGACAUCUCUUCAACUUCCACAAACAGCUAAAAAAGGCCUACAAAGCGCGCGAUCCAGGCGGUGUCAGUUCCAUCUGGCACGCAAUGACAGCCAAGCUGCAAGAAAACCCGGCUUUCAAAGCCGAGCUGGCCGAGGACCCUGCUUUUCUCGACUUUUGGGUGUUUGUAUGGUGUGCGGUCCGUCGGCCAGCUCGAGUCCAGGAGACCGUCAACUUGAUGAAGUUGCUCAAGCUCGAACCCACAAUCAGGACGUACACGAGCAUGAUGCACGGGUGGAAGAUGUGCAAGGACAUUGCCAAGAUUGAAAUGCUGUGGGAUCAACUCAUCAAGUCGGGUACGAAGCUAGACAGCGUCAUCUGGACUGAACGUGUGUCGGCUCUUAUUGAGCUCGGACACCACCAAAAAGGCCUCGAGGCACUCUCGGAACUGCUGGACAACUGGCGUCAAGCAGUCAAGAAGGGAACUCAGGAUCAGGCUGUGGAGCCUAGCAUCGAGACCGUCAACGCUGCCUUUAAGGGCUUGCUACAUGCAGAUCCCAAGGCGGCGCACGAGCUGCUAGCCUGGGCUGGAAAGCAAGGUAUUGAACCCAAUACCCGUACCUACAACAUUCUCAUCCGUGAGACCAUCCGCAUGGGCCUUCAUGACGAGAUCCACCAGCUUCUGCGUUCCAUGCAGGCGCAUAACAUUGAGCCUGAUUCUGCGACUUUCACCAUUCUUCUAGAAACGGUUAUUGGCAGCAUGCACGAUGCCAGCGCCGAAGAACAGGUCAGGGCCAUCAAGUCUGUCUUUAGCGACAUCGAGCAAGCUGGCCUCAAACCCAAUCUCGAGACAUACGGCAAGAUGCUUUACGCCCUCGACGGUCUCCCCAACUGCUCUGACGAUGUUAUUGCCGCACUGCAGAAGCACAUGCGCGAAAGUGGUUUUGGUUCCUAUCUCACUCCACACAUGAUCACCAUCCUCAUUGAGCGCGUCCUUCGCCAUGACCCUCCUGAUAUGAACAAGAUUCGCUCUUUGCUCGAGAAGAACAACCUCAAGACAGUCUCCAGCGGCGACCAAACACUCUGGGAGCGAGUUAUGACUGCUUAUGCCAUCAGCGGCGAUAUCAAGGAAGCCAUGUAUGUCUUUGACAACCUCGCUGCCUCUGGUCGCCCUGUCACGUCACUGCCGUGUCUUACCGAGCUGAUUCAGGCCCUCCUCGAGCGUGGAGAUAGAGCGGCUGCCCAGAGGGUUGUGAAUAUCGUAGUCGAGUACAAGCUUAACAACAAAGAUGACAAGGCUGCGAACCAAAGGUACUGGAAGCAUCACUUUUGGUACAUGGCUCAGCACAAUGGUCUGGUGGAUGGUCAGAAGCUGAGACAGUAUGCUCGUGGGUAG